AAAAAAUUAUUUAGGAAAUUAAAGAUGGCAGCGCCCAUGUUGCGAUCUUCGUGAAUGCUGGACCUUAUAAUUUGCUCGCUUUUUAAAGUUUUCCCCUUGAAUAAAUCACCAUGCCGAAAUACUUUGAAGAUAAAGAAGAGUCUAAAAGACCAUGUUCUGGAGUACGGGAAGAUCUCAAGACGUGUCUUCUUGAAAGUGACUGCGUAAGAAUUGACAAGAAAACCCCCAAGGAAUGUUUACAGUCAGGUACAAAUGUUAAUGACAACUGCCGAGCACUACAGGUUGCCUUCUUUGAAUGCAAGAGAUCACUUUUGGACAACAGGACAAGAUUCCGAGGAAGGAAGGGCUACUGAACCACCAUGAAUAAUACUGAAGAUGGAGUUUGGAUGUCAACUCCAAGCAGCAAGAUCCAAGAACCAGUGUAUAGCCUGCUUCCAACUAUCAAUAUCUUGAGGAUUUGGACAGAUUGGUGCGAUAAUCCUCAUCCCUUAAAGCAAGCCUGUAACUUUGUGGAUUUAUAACUUUGUGUUUAAGUCUUAUAGAGAUUCAAAGAUGGAUGGAGUGAACACAAUACAAUUUGAAUUGCCUGAUUUGUCUUGUAUUUGAUCACUGAAUGAUGUGUAAUUCUGGUUUUGCAGAAUCUUUUCAUCUGAUUGAAGCAGAUUUCGAAAUCCAUAUGAAAACAUUUUUCCAUGGAGAGAAAAAGAUUGAGUAAUUGCAUUCCACUGGUCAGAAAAGAAAUAUUUUAUUUGGGUUUAUGGUACAGCAACUUUUGAGGAAAAAAGGUAGUUCUUUUUUUUUUCGUGAGAAUGCCAAAAGCUUUGACAUUAGACUUACACAUUUUUCCUUACACAUGUUACCAAGGUAAAUAUCCAAAUACGUGUACUCAAUCUUGAAGUGUGUUUAUCAAAUUAUAAGUUAUGGCAUGACUGGCACUGGUGCCUGAUGCAUCUAGGGUUGAUUUUAGCUUUGAGUUUUUAGGGGCGGAGAAAGAUGGGGAAGUGAGACCAUGAGAAGAUCGGAGAACUGCAUUUAAAGAACGUUUUUCUGUCUAGUUGUUUAUUGUACAAACAUUUCUGUAUGAAGAUACUGAACAGUUAAAGUUCGCUCGUACCCCCUGCCCUGCAAACAGGACGCUGGGAAGGGCUGAUCUCUUUGAGCUCUCAUUGGAUAGAUUUUGCGUGACCUGUGAUGUAGCAUGCAGCACUGCUGCUGUGUAUCACGUGUAACGCAUGCUAGCUGCAUGCAAAAGUCAUGUUAGGUUAACCAUAAUGCCAUCCGUACUUCCUUCACAAGAUUCUGUGAAGCGGCAUCAGCCCUUCCCAGCGCCCUUCCCGGCGCCCUUCCCGAGCGAACAGUUAUCUGUGCUGUGUUCAUUGUGAUUAUGACAUAUUCAAAUUUUCUUUGACAUUGAAUGAAAUUCAGAUUUUUUAUAGGAGAUAUGUUUUUAACUGUCCUGUGAUAGUCUGAAUUUUGGUCAAAAUUAACCUGCUUUGGAGAGUGUUAUUUGAGACAAAUAAAUCCAUAAGGAGAUGUUUAAAUUCAGCAAUACUGAUAUAUAUUGGUAGUUAUAUGAUUUAUUUUCAUUCCCAAUUCACAUUCAACCAAGUUAGUUGUGGACAAGAAUUUCUUACCGUUCCUUAUAUAUGUACCUUUGAUGUGAACAAAUAACAUUUUUAUUUACAAAUAAAAAAGUCACACUUGUGUUUGGUUUUGAUUUA